CAGACCGCGCCCCGUUAAUGCAAGAGUUGACAGAGUUUGCUGAUUCAUGACAGUCAUUUCAAGGGUGCUUGCUGUACCUGCCAUAGAACCGGAAGACAAAUAUUGGUUUCCCUUCGGCGCCGCAUAUCGUUGGCCAGUGACUUUCGUGACCUUAUGGCAACUACGAGUACUUCCCCGCUGCUGUCUGAGCGCGUUCUUCCGACUCGUAGGGCCGCAAGGAGGGCUUCCGCUGUAUUUGCAGACCAGCUCCUCAGUUCGCCAGGUCGCUCCGACGAUGAGCCCGAGCCCGAGCCCUCCGACUCAUUUGGAGAGCCUGCAUCACGUAGGCAGCCCAAUGUCAAAUUCCGCUAUAAUGCCAAGGGAAAAUUCCGCGCUUCGCCGCUAAAGCAGACGGACAGCCCAUCACCAUCCUCUAAGUAUCAUCCCAAACCAAAGCGCACACCUAAACCCAAGCGCACGCCUAAACCCAAGCCUGUCACACCCUCACGCUCCCAACCCCAACCAUCUGCCCCUUCUUCUUUUUCGGAUAGGGAAGGCACAGUAAGCACUCUCACAACCCUGUCGCCCUCUCCAUUUUCGAGCGUCCCAACAAGUCCGUUUGUCUCAACUAUGGAUCUUCCCCCACCUUCCAUAAUUAGUCAAGCCACCCCACCACCUCAGAAGCUUCGUAGGGCUAGGGGUGGCUCCAUGCGCUCCCUCGGAGCACCCAGUUCUAGCUUCUCACAGCCCACGAGCCAAACUUCCCCAAGGAAAAGGAAGGCGGACAAAGCAAAAUUAUCUGACCAGGGUAAUGGGCAUGGCUUCGGCGACGUUGACACUUUAGUCUGGGUACUCGUGAAUGACUUGGGAGUCCUUAUCGCCUCGGUUCCACAUGAUGACGAUAUCGAGUUUCUGGAAGAACGUAUGUGGUGGCCUGCCAGGGUCGUACAAAAGGAUCCGCUUCGUGUGACCCUCUUUGGUGACCUGGCAUCGUCUCGAGAACCUUCGACAAUUUCGUCUCCCUCCGAAUACAAUAUCCAGCCUAUUCAUAAUGUAUCUGGCGAAAAGCUUUUCUCCCGAGCAACCUUCCAGGUCUCGUCUCUCACUAAAGCUGAACCCUCAACCCCUCCCCUCAUGAUUUCCGCUUACACUGGCGGGACGUUUUCCUCAGAAGAAGAGGAUGUAGAUGACCUGCGUUCAACCAAGAAGGCCAAGGUCACACCCACUGAGUUUGAGGUUCUCACAGACCGCGCUUCUCCUCCGCCUCCAGACCCGAUGCUCCAAAUACCGGGCGAGCUUGUUCUGGCGCAGGCUCUACGAACGAGAAGUAACAAGUACUGGCCCGCGCAGCUUAUAUCAUACGAGCGCUACCGGGCCAAGUUUCUGGACGACCGGGAGUAUAACCUUACCCGGGAUAAAUUCUGGACCUCUGAGGAACGAGGCUUCGUUAUGUGUGACCUGGGCGAGUUUGAAAGUGCCGUCCAGGACACUGAGACACCAGACUCGGAGGAUGAACAGGAAGACAGGAAGCGGAGCCCCAGUCCACAGUUGUCCGACCCACCUCCUGACGCGGACGAUUUUGCUGACUUGUCGAUGCAUGCACAGCUGGCGUACGUGAAGCCUGUCUUGAAAGCUAUCUUACAAGGGAAGUACGCUCCGGCCAGCAAGAGCCACGAGGCUUUCAUGCGGGGGGGUGCAGCUAGAUCCAAUCUCAUGAAGCGGGCGGCGGUGAGAGGAGGUCUGGACCCGAACGAGGUAAAGCGGUCGCAAAAACUGCUUGCACGGUGGGCACUUGGCGAAGGGUAUGCCUGUAGAGCCAAUGUAGAAAUUAAGCCCCAAGGAGACGCGGUACUACCGCCGGGGCAAGAGAAGACACCCUGCGCAUCUGCUGUAGCAGCCGAUGGUGAUGGGUUGGCAGAGGCUGGCGCCGGAAGCGAGAUAACUGCAACUUCCGACACCGCGGGUCAAGACAUAUCUCAGCCCAUACCUCCUAGUGACAUUGGCAAUCAGGUCAAUGACACCAGUGCCAUGGCAGUUGACAAGCCUACUCCCGAAAAGGCAGACGAGGCAACUUCUGACAUCGCGGGUCACCAUGACAUGUCUCAGCCCCUACCUCCCAGUAACAUUCGCAGUCAGGUUGACGACCCCAGUGCGAUGUCACUUAACAAGCUGGCAGACGAGAUAUCUCCAACUUCUGACAGCGCAAGCCCCGAUGUUCUGUCUCAGCCCAUACCUCCCAGUGAUAUUGGCAAUCAGAUUGAUGAGGAUGCAAUAAUAGUUGACAGGCCCAACCAGGCUGACGAUUCCUCAGAGCGGGAGGCGAAUGACUUGCCAUCUGCACCAUUGCCUGAUCAGCCUUCUGCGCUCAAGGAGGAUAUUCCAGACCAAUCAGAUUCUGGCGGUAACUCAGACCUGCCGCACGCUGAGGAGGUUGAGGGCCCUGUCUCUGUACGCGACCAACAGCGACCGGUAGGCUCACAGGAGUAUGAAACAUUAACGACCCUUGACAAACUUGAUUACUGCGUGAACAUUCUUCUCCCCGAGGCAAUCCAGCAGCUACUCUUGUGGCGGUCGGGUGAGCGCACUACAGCUCUCCUCUCUCCCACGGAGGAAGAAAGGCUGCAUGAGCGCGGUGCAGCAAAAGCGCAGGAAACGGAUUGGGUAUUUGACUUGCUCCGCCUGAGGGCGGCGCAGGCGCGGCUGUGGGGGGUGGAUCUGAAGGCCAAGGGUAAAGAGAAAGAUAAAGGCGGUGUAGGAGGUGGGACGC